AUGGAACUACAAGACACUUAUUACAACAAAGCGGAAUACGUUGAAACUGCCUCUGGUAAUAAAGUUAGCAGGCAAACUGUACUCUGUGGAUCUCAGAACAUAGUUCUUCAUGGUAAAGUUAUUGUGCAAAGUGAUGCGAUUAUCAGAGGAGAUCUGGCAAAUGUGAAAACUGGCAGAUUUUGCAUUAUCAGCAAAGGAUCUGUAAUAAGACCACCCUUCAAAAAAUUUAGCAAAGGUGUAGCAUUCUUCCCGCUUCAAAUGGGUGAUCAUGUGUUUGUCGGAGAGAACACAGUUGUAAAUGUUGCAGUAGUAGGUUCCUAUGUCUAUAUUGGAAAAAAUGUUGUUAUUGGGCGCAGGUGUGUGCUAAAAGAUUGCUGUAUGAUUGAAGACAAUUCGGUACUGCCAGCAGAAACUGUCGUACCUUAUUUUGCACGAUAUUCUAGCAGCACCGCACGUCUUAUUACUACAUUACCAGAAGCAAUGCCUAAUCUUAUGACCGAGUUUACAAAAAGUUAUUACCAACACUUCUUACCAACAACAGUUAAUUGA